CUCUAUCCCUCUCCCUUCCUCUCUGUAAAAAAAUCAAUAAAAUAUAUUUUUAAAAAACACACAAACCUGCUGUAGUAAGUCAUGCCUGGGGGCCAUGGAACCAGUUACUGCGGGAGACAUGGUGUGAUCACGCUUACCAGCGGCGACUCUUGGGUUUAAAUAUGUAGACUGUAGUUAUAGAGUCGUAAUAACUUUUUAAUCUUUAUUGUUGAAAGUAUUACAUUGACUCCUUCUAGCCCCCCCCCCCCUUCGCCACCCUAUUGUUAGAUAUGUGAUAUUUAUGUCGGCGAAAUUGCUGCAGUGGUUUUUUUCAACAUAUGGCCUAUUCGCUAAAAUGUGUUUAAAAUGUCAGUGAAUUCAUAACAGAAACACCUGUUGAUUUAGUUAUAAGUAAAUCUUGGUUAAAAGCAUUUUAAAAUUAACAAUGUGUGAAUUUUCACAUGACAAACGGACCUGAAAUUUUGUCCGUUAUAUCCGAAGUUUCUUUAAAUUGAGGUCCACAAAAUUGAGGGUUUAUGGUAAAAACUUUCUGUGGUAGUGUGGUGCCAGCCCGUCCCUAUAGUUUGGACAUAUUUUCAGACAAUAAUGUUGUAAAGCAUAGAUACUAGUAAGUUUUAUUUCUUCCACCAAUUCAAUGCCACAGGGAGCAUUUUGUGCCAAAUAGGGUCAACAGAACCAGCAACAAAUUUACAAAAUGAAACGGUGAGUGCUCCGUUUCACACCCUCUCCAUGUUAAAUAUCGUCUCUUCUCAUGAAUGUCAGAAAGCUCCUUAAUCUGACCACUGCUCCAACACGCCAUAGCUACAGCCACAUUGCCAUGACAGUCCCCUGUGUUCCUUUAUGUCUCGACAUUGAUUUCUUAUUCCUACUCAUCCUCCAGCCACCUUUUACUUCCUCCUGACAGUCCCUAUUAUGGUGUUCAUUGCCUUACCCAGCCAGUUUCUCCUUGAUGUUUCCAUUCGAUCUACAUCCCUGUAUAUGGGGCAUCAUCAUUGACAGCUUCGAUAUUCUGUCUCUGACCCUGUCGGAAGGAAGGAGGAGGGUGACAGUGUUCAUAAAGUCUGUAGUAGUGUACAGUGAUGUCCUAGGCCUUCACAUUCACUCACCACUCACUCACUUCCAGGACUGCAAGCUUCAUUCAGGAUAAGUGCCCUAUAUAGGUGUACCAUUUCUUAUAUUUUAUACUGUAUUUUUACUGUACUUUUUUGUGUUUAGAUACACAAAUACUUAGCAUUGUGUUAUAAUUACCUACAGUAUUCAAUACAGCAAUAGGUUUAUAGCCUAAGAGCAGUCGUCUUUGCCAUAUAAUUAGGUGUGUAGUAGGUUUGUGUAAGUGCAUGCUAUGAUGAUCAAACAAUGACGAGACAUUGCCUAAUGGUGCAUUCCUCAGAAUGCAUUCCUGUCAUUAAGGCAUAUAUGACGCCUAAUUUAUGGAUCAGGUUUUAUUUGCAUGCCAUAUAGUGACAAUGGCCGUGAGGUGGUGGGGCAGGGGUCUCACAUGUAUGUUCUGUUUCCCAGCGCGAGUGCAUUUCUAUCCACGUGGGACAGGCCGGGGUCCAGAUCGGCAAUGCCUGCUGGGAAUUAUACUGCCUUGAACAUGGCAUUCAGCCUGACGGGCAAAUGCCGAGUGACAAAACCAUUGGCGGUGGGGACGACUCGUUCAACACGUUCUUCAGCGAGACUGGGGCUGGCAAGCAUGUGCCCAGAGCAGUGUUUGUGGACCUGGAGCCCACCGUGGUUGAUGAAGUGCGCACAGGGACCUACAGGCAGCUCUUCCACCCUGAGCAACUGAUCACCGGGAAGGACGAUGCAGCCAAUAAUUACGCCAGAGGCCACUACACCAUCGGCAAGGAGAUUGUUGACCUGGUCCUGGACCGGAUCCGCAAAUUGGCGGAUCUGUGCACGGGGCUGCAGGGCUUCCUCAUCUUCCACAGCUUCGGGGGCGGCACCGGCUCUGGGUUUGCAUCUCUGCUUAUGGAACGGCUCUCGGUCGACUACGGCAAGAAGUCCAAGCUAGAAUUUGCCAUUUACCCAGCCCCCCAGGUGUCCACGGCCGUGGUGGAGCCCUACAACUCCAUCCUGACCACCCACACGACCCUGGAGCAUUCCGACUGUGCCUUCAUGGUGGACAACGAAGCCAUCUAUGACAUAUGUCGGCGCAACCUGGACAUUGAGCGGCCCACGUACACCAACCUCAAUCGUCUGAUUGGGCAGAUCGUGUCCUCCAUCACGGCCUCCCUGUGCUUUGAUGGGGCCCUGAACGUGGACUUGACGGAAUUCCAGACCAACCUGGUCCCGUACCCCGCAUCCACUUCCCCCUGGCCACCUACGCCCCAGUCAUCUCAGCUGAGAAGGCCUACCAUGAGCAGCUGUCCGUGGCUGAGAUCACCAACGCCUGCUUUGAGCCUGCCAACCAGAUGGUCAAGUGUGACCCUCGCCAUGGCAAGUACAUGGCCUGCUGCAUGUUGUACCGGGGGGAUGUGGUCCCGAAAGAUGUCAACGCGGCCAUUGCCACCAUCAAGACCAAGCGCACCAUCCAGUUUGUGGAUUGGUGCCCAACGGGAUUUAAGGUGGGCAUCAACUACCAGCCCCCCACCGUCGUCCCUGGAGGAGACCUGGCCAAGGUGCAGCGGGCUGUGUGCAUGCUGAGCAACACCACCGCCAUCGCCGAGGCCUGGGCCCGCCUGGACCAUAAGUUCGAUCUCAUGUAUGCAAAGCGAGCCUUUGUGCACUGGUAUGUGGGGGAGGGCAUGGAGGAAGGGGAGUUCUCCGAG